AUGGCCGAAGACACUUCUCUCUCCAGCAAAGACAUCAAGGCUGGUGACCACCAGGCAUACAUGCGACUCGCUCUCUCACUGGCGACUAAGUCACCACCAAAGUCCACUAACUACCGAGUCGGAGCUCUACUGCUGGACAUAGCUACGAACGAGGUGCUAACGACUGGCUACACGCUCGAGCGCCCGGGCAACACACAUGCAGAACAAUGCUGCUUCGAAAAGGCGGCAGAAAAAUACACUGUCGCAACAACUCUCCUUGGUGAAGCUCUGCCAGACGAAGUCGCACUUUACACGACCGUGGAGCCAUGCUCCCAGAGGCUCAGCGGCAACCUGCCCUGCGUCGACAGGAUACUGGCUGUCGGGAAGCGGAUCAAGACGGUCUACGUAGGGGUCCAGGAGCCGGAGAAGUUUGUCAGCGACAACUCUAGCAGGAAGAAGUUGGAGGAUGUUGGGAUCGAAGUCGUUCAUGUUGCCGGCUUGGAGAAGGAGAUAUUGGAAGUUGCUACCGCUGGUCAUGAGAAGCUGUCAUGA